AUGGAGCAGAGCAAAACCACAAUUACCCAAAUCUCCCUGCUAGCUUCCGCCACGAAGGACGAAAUCGCCGUCGCCCAACUCCUGCUCGAUCUCAGAACGCUUCUCUCGUUAACCGAAUCCCUGGCGAGUUUCAAUUGGGGCCGCCGGAGGAGGAGAUCUUGCCUGGACGAGAAUCCGUCGCCGGGACUCGAGAUCAAGGAGACGAGGCCGCGAAUCGAGGCGGCGGCGGUGGGGAAGAGCAUCGGCGGCGGCGGCGGCGGCGGCGGCAGCCCCACCACGCCGCUGUCUUUCUCCCCGAGCGAGUCCGACGAUAAAUCCAAGUGCAGGAGAACAACUCCGAAGAAAAGGGGAAGGGAUGAAUAUUUUGAUGCCAUUGAAGGAUUAACUCGAAGCAGGGACGUGCUUAGACUGGAGGUGGAAAACGUGAAAAAGUUCUACAGCAAUUUGAAGUCCUAUAAUUCUAAACUAAAAGCAAUUAAACAGGAGAUGAGUAAUAAAUUCCAAAUAAAAGAAGAGCCCCGAUUGGAAAUAAGGAGUGUUAAUAAUUUCGGAGCGGAUCCAACCGGAGAUCAUCGGGUCAACAUUACCCGUCCAAAUCAGCAUCCUCACAUUCCCAAUCCGACGGCCCAGCAUGAGUUUUACUACUCAAUUGGGCCUGAACAGACACGAGAUUGUCAUGCGUCCGAUAGUGGGCCUGCGUGCGCGGAAUAUGUUGGCCCACUCGGAAUCGAUCUGAAUUUCCCUGCAGCUGAGGCUUUUGGGCUGGAUUCACUGAAGCCAUUGGAUGCGGGUCAGGCCGCAGCUGAUAGACGGGCUGGAUUUGCUGAGGCGAGGAGAAAGAGGAAGGGGCUAAUGAGGGCCAAGUCCGUGAAGAGUGGUAUUCGUAGAAAUUGCCUACGGAAUUAA